AUGCAAGAGAAAAUUCAAGUCACUGUAGUCGAGGGUAAUAAUUUGAAAGGCAGCGAUGUAAUUGGCAAGUCUGACCCUUAUGUAUGCUUGUCGCUCGAUAGACAGAAUAGACAGAGAACUCGUACUCUUCAAGGUGCUGGACAGAAUGCUUACUGGAAUCAAUCUAUAGAACUUUAUGCCAACCCUGGACAAAAUCAACUCUUUAUCGAAGUGUACAACGAAAACAUUGGAGUCGAUCAGUUCAUUGGCGACGCAAUAUUACAACUGCCUCAGGCACCUCACCAAGACCAAUGGGUUCAAAUUCAUCAUAAUGGAAGUCCCGCUGGUAAUAUUCAUUUGAUCAUCAACAAGAGUCAAGGACAUGGCUACCAAACUCCUAUUCAACAACCUCAAGCAUAUCCAUCGUAUCCUUCAUACGGUGAACAACCACCACGAUACGACGGACCUCCAGCUGGAUUUCCAUAUCAACCUCCUGCUGCUGGACAUGGAUCAGCUCCUCCACCGCCAGUACCGGCAGGUCCACCUGGAUACGGGCAACCGCCAUCAGCACCACUUGGGUUCGCGCAACCACCACCAGCAGCACCUGGAUACGGGCAACCGCCGCCAGCACCGCUUGGAUUUGCGCAACCGCCACAAGGACCACCUGGGUACGCGCAGCCACCAGCACCAUCAGGAUAUCCGAACCCUUAUAUGCCGCAGGGAGUUAUUGGACACGAUGCUCAUUCGAAAGACAAAAAGGACAAGGGAAGUCAUGCUGCUGCUGGGCAUGCCCAACCACCAUCGGGGUAUCCGAACCCUUAUAUGCCGCAGGGAGUUGUUGGACACGAUGCGCAUUCGAAAGACAAAAAGGACAAGAAGGGGAGUCAUGCUGUUGCUGGGCAUGCCCAACCACCAUCGGGGUAUCCGAACCCUUAUAUGCCGCAGGGAGUUGUUGGACACGAUGCUCAUUCGAAGGACAAUAGUCAUGCUGCUGCUGGGCAUGCACAACCACACCCACCACCACCGGGAUAUUCUGCUUAUGAAGGUGUUGAACUUAUUGGUAAUUGA